GUAAGAAAGGAUGCCAUGAACGCAAAAAAGGUUACUGAAACUUCCAACCUUAACGAUAAAGAAGCUAUGACCGAUAUCAAAAAAACCGAAAAUCUUAAUAUUGAUCAACAAGAACCUUCAGAUGAUUACAAAAGAUUCGCUAAAAAAGAAUCAAAGAAACAAAAGCCACCUCCAAUAUUACCUCCACUAGAAGAUCAAAGUAGUUGGCCGGCUCCUGCGGAAGUUUUGAUCAAAGAUAAAGAAAAGGAACAAACUGAAACUUCCGAAAAGAAGCAAUCCAUUGAUAUCGGGACAAAAGAUAGUCCAAAAAGAGGUAAAGGUAAAUGGAUUAAGUAUACUCCAAUAAUCACACAUAAUGCACCAUUACCAAGUCAUGAGAGGUCAAAACCUCGGCGCCGUAGUGAAGAUCAUACCGGUCUUCGUGAACGUAAAUCUAGCGAAAAAGUCAUAAAUUCUGAAGUGACAACUCCAACGGUGCAAAAUCAUAAUCAUAAUACGAAUAGACGUCGCGCAAGUGUACCUCCACCAUCUAGAGAAUAUGGUCGUCGUUAUUCACAACAUGGUGACAAUAAUGUCGGUCAUCAUUCACAUUCUAAUAGUGGACCGCCGUUUCGUGGGGGUCGUAGGGGAGGAAGAGGUCGAUCAUACAAUAGUACACGCGGACCUCCUCGCUCGGUAACUUUACCUUAUGCAUCAACAACAGGAUACGUUCAGCAAUAUGUCAGUGUAUAUGGAACAAAAAUGGAUUCAGAAGGCUAUGUACCAGUUUCUUUAUUAGCAGGAUUUAAUAGGGUGAAAGCUUUAACAAUGGACAUUGAACUUGUCCGUGAGGCACUGCUUAAUAGUUAUAUUGUUGAGGUUAAUGAUGAUAAAGUUAGAAAGCGCGAAGGGUGGGAAUCUUGGUUACUACCAAAAUACAAAAUGGGUGAACAUGAUAAUGGGCACACUAAUAACGUACAAACAAUGUCAGAAUCUACCAGUCAACACUAUGAGGUCCACAUGAAUGAAAGUAUUCCUCCAAUAGAUGAAGAUGAAAACAAAGAAAAUGAGGAAAUGCCUACAAUUCCUGAGGGUCUCUCUGAAAAUGGUUCUGCCAUCACAAAUCCAUGGAUUCUUCAUACUAAAAAACGUCGUACAUUAUCGUCACCAACAUCUCCUAAAGUGACUCCAAAAUCAUCCCGUGACAUUCCAAAACCAACUUCAACUGGUGAUGAUGAACUUUUUCAACUUGAUGAAGAUUGGGCUGGCGAUUCAAGAAAUAAUACUAAAAGAGACAAAAGUCAUGUCCCUUUUGAAAGAAAGGCAAUGAACGAUGAGAUUGCAGAAAUGAUAAAUGAAGGUUUAUAUAGAUAUGAACACGAUUUACAAAAACAAAAGCGUGUUAGUGGGACACGAAAAGUGGAUAUUAUUAGUGAAGAACAAUUUACUUCAAUAGUUUCAUCUACUAAAUCAAAAGAGGGGUUAUCCAAUUCAAACAAUUCAGGGGUCAACCUAUCGAGUAAAGUUGUCACAACUGAUAAUUACACCAAAGGCAAGAAAAAGUCUACGCGCUUUUGGCCUGUUAAGGGUGCGCAAGAUGCAGUUGGCUGGAUUCUUGGUGAUCAACCUUACCAUCCACAAGAAGGCACUUCACCAGCGAGCCUAUCACUCUCACCUUUAAGUCAUACUAAUGGCACGCCAAAUAAUUGCUCGGAACAACUAUCCUCAUCCGUUGAUAUUGCACGAUCAUUUCCAGUUUUUCAACAUCCCAGUCACGAACUCUUGCGCGAAAAUGGGUUUAUUCAACAUAAAUAUUAUAAAUAUCAUGCUAAAGCUUUGAAAGAACGUAAACGUCAAGGAAUCGGCCAGUCUCAAGAGAUGAAUACCCUCUUUCGAUUCUGGUCACAUUUCUUACGUGAACAUUUCAACAAACGAAUGUAUUCCGAGUUUAAGAAAUUUGCAGUUGAAGAUGCAAACUCUAAUUAUCGUUAUGGUCUUGAAUGUUUAUUCCGAUUUUACUCUUAUGGUCUUGAGAAAAAAUAUCGGCAAGAUCUAUUUGAUGAUUUUCAGGAAUUAACUUUGUCAGACUGCGAAAACGGGCAUCUUUACGGACUUGAGAAGUUUUGGGCUUACUUGUUUUAUAGGAAAGACAAGAAUAAGAGAACAGUGGAAGUAUGCGAGAAGCUUAAUAAAUAUUUAGACAAAUAUCAGAAUAUUGAUGACUUUAAAAGUGCUUAUAAGACCGAGCGGGCUCAAUUAACAAAUAAUAAUUGCGCAACUCCACAUCUUAGUCAUCGUGCUUCACCAGCCUCACCUUUAACACCUUAUUCUGUUAUUUCGGCUGAUAACUUUCCUCCAUUAGCUGUAACAGCAUUGCGAUAA